AUGAAACAAUUGCUACUACUAGCUCUAUUGAUCGUUUGUCAAUCUAAGGCCGAUGAGAAUGAUAUCAGUCAAAUUGUUCUCAUGAGUUACAAUGUCAUGUUCGUACCAAGUCUGUUGGUAUUAGAACGUGAUCAAGUCACCCGAGCUCGUCUAUUAGCACGAUCACAAUUCGUUCGUGAAAGUGAUAUCCUCUGUCUAUCAGAAGUAUUUCAACCGAAACCCAGUCAAAUUCUUCUGGAUUCACUAGCAGAUACAUAUCCGUACAGCACACCGAUUUUGGGCGAUGAAGAUCAUGACGGUUAUUGGGAUGAAACGUGGAAUCGUGAAAUAGGUCGAAGUUCAUUGAAAUUUCUCAGUGGCGGUUUAACCAUUCUCAGUAAGUGGCCAAUUAUAUACGCGGCACAAUAUUUCUAUCGGCAUACAUGCAGUGGACACACGUUUGUUCGAAGUGGUUUUAUUUAUGCACGGAUUAUAUAUGGCAAACAUGAUAUACCUAUCCAUAUUAUUGGUACACAUUUACAACCGAGCGAUCAUAGUGGAUGUUAUUUAUCCAGUGAAGAUGAAGUACGCGAACAACAAAUGCACGAAAUCAUUGGUUUUCUUGAUGAGAGAAAUAUCUCUAAGAACGAAUUAGUUUUCCUUCUCGGUGAUUUUAAUGUUGAUAAAUAUAACACUGAGCAAUAUGAAAAUAUGAUUGAUAUCCUGCGAGUGAAAAAACAAGAAUUAUAUCCAUCGAGUGUUCUGUGUACUUGGGAUAGUUCAUUCAACGCAAUGACAACAACAACAACACAUCAGGAGAAUCAGUUAUUAGAUUAUAUAUUUAUCUACAAGGACAAUGCACCCGACGAUUCGAUUAUUUGGUACAAUCUCAUUAUGGAUCGCAUGGCAUCAGAGCAAUGGCAACUUCUUGGUAGAAAUCGCAUGUUUCACAAUCCACGAAAUGUUCCACUGAUGGAACUCUCAGAUCAUUAUCCAAUCGUUGGAUUUUUCAAUUUAAGUAAACAUCAAUGGCCACAACGACCAUCGGGCGUACUCACUUACGUUCAAAUUGUCACGGCUGAUGAAGAUCUGCCGAUAGUUCUAUCGGAUCGCAAUAUUCUCAUUGGAAAUUCGUCGAAUGAAACAGCUUCACUGUUUAUUCUAACGAACAAUGCUACACCACGUCGUCAUCGCUGUUUAAGGUCCGGACAACACGUGAUAUUAAUUGACGGCUAUCAACCGGAGUUUUAUUUGUCGGAUGCAGUGUACUUCCGAAUGAGAUAUGGUACGGAGCAAGUGAAUCGUUACUUAAAAAUCAUUCAAACGGAUAACUCAACAAAAUGCAUUGGAACAAAUUCAACAUUUAUCUUACAAACACGUUUAGCAACAGGAAACUUCUACGUUACCAAUUCAUCAUCACGUUUAUGUUCAUGUACGAAUGAUCGAGAGCAAGCUCAGCAUUUUCGAUUGAUCGAAGUAAAACGGAAAGACGUUAGUUGUGUAAUAACACAUUAA